UUAAUUGUAUAUCGGAUAAUAAUCCGACCAGUCCACUGAAAUGCAUGCAUGCAUAUGUGUUAAAGAACCGUUGGAAUUUUGUAUAUUUGUGUUAGUGUACGUGGGCUUCAUGUAAAAGUUAAGUUAAUGAGUAUUAAAAUUUUGAUCGCAUUUUCCUUUUAUUUAGCCUGUUAAUAAAAUGCGUUUUUCUGAUGAGGUUAAGUGUCAUAUCUGCAAGCGAAUCUUCUGCUGCGGCAAAUGCCGCCAAAAACAUCAAUUCGAAGCACACGCCAUUGCCAUUACCCAGCCCAUAGAUCAGCACUCAAAAAUGGUUGGCUUUGGCAAUGAGAUUGAAGCGAAACCCUCAACGAUCUACGUCUUCUGUCCGAUCUGCGAGCAAAAGCCGCUCACGCUGCGCAAAGAAAUGUAUGCCGAGCUACUGGCCCACAUAGAAAGCGUGCACCUGCCGCUGCGCUGUCGCAAGUGUUUGCGCCACUAUACAAAGAUCGAUGAUCUGAAAGAGUUUAGCAAAUGCGUUGACCUAGGUCAGAAUUGCAGCUCAGCGAGCUCGGCACUGAACGUGACCUGUGAGACGGAUGCCUCGAAGGUAACGGUAAAAAAGCGAACCGUGGCCGCCAACACAAUAUCGACACAAACUUCACCCUAUAUAGCAAAAGACAUGGACGAGACACAACAUUUAAAUCUAACGCCCAUAUCUCUGUUUAAUCUUCGUUGUAAGGCCAAAAGUCGCAUGACACAGGAUGAGUUCAUCAGCGAUAGCGUCUCAUCCAUACGCAAUCUUUCGUCGGAAAGUGUGAAUUGGUCUGGGCAACAGCGUCGCAGCAUUGGACAAGUGUGUGCACCUCCAGAUAAUGCGCACAAUAAUAACACCAAGGGCAAAAUAAUACGAUCCACAUCUACGCCAUUGCAGGUCUAUGCGAUGUUCGCCAAGCCCAAAGAGCCGCUAACAUUUAAUGCAUCUGCUGUAGGGGCCUGUCAGGUAUCGAGCAUCUAUCACAGUGGCUAUGCUCUGGAUGAACCUAAUGCGGCACCAGACAAUAGUCAUGUGAUACCACCGGCGCAACAUCACCGCACCUGGAAGGUCGGUGGUCGGGGUAAGAUGAGUGCCGUGACGCCCUUGCGCCAGGUUAUGUCCAAGAGCAUACAAAAGGCUUUCGUGGAACACGGCGGCGUAGGCAUGCUCCCUGGGCAGGGCGAACAGCUACGUAUGCGCGCCGAUUCGAGCGAACUCAACAAGUCGCCCAAUGCCGCCUCGCCAUUGGAUUUGCGUCUUUCUCCUGUUGUUCGACGCACACAAAGUGAAGACAGCAGCAGCAAUAGCAUCGACAACACACAUGGACAAAGAUCGAAAAAUGCAGAGCCCUACCAGAUACUUCUCUCCGCUCAAAAGCUAACAAGAGAAUCAAUUAUCAUAACCUGCACCCAGCACGCAGGCAACAGUGUUUCCCUGGUUGCUUCUGCAGAUGGCACCAGCACUACGAGUACAGUUUACAAUUCAUGUGAGAGCGUGGAGAUAAUUACUUCAUCCUCAUCAACUGCCGAGCUGGGCACCAAUUUGCGGCCAGCCAAGAUCGAUUGUCCUGUGGCCGUGCCGAUAACGCCCAUCACAAGCGUGCCCGGCGCCAUAAUCAAUAAGAAGCUCAUCAAAUUCGAGACACCCCAGAAACAGGAUAUGCAAACAACUCAAUUGGUAGAGUCGACGCCAGAUGAAAAGGAAAUCUUUUAUACGCCCAAUCCGAGCAAUAGCCCCUUGGCUUUCAAUGCUGGCAGCCCGGCAGCUGAGCCCAGCAACAAUGAGCGCCGUAGACAGCAGAUUGUGCCUCGCCAGCUGAACGGUCAAUUCUUGUCGGAGUCGAAACGAGUCGAAAUCGCACGACCUCAAGGACCACGACCUCGCCCGCCAUUGCGUGCGUGUCAUUAUCAGAAAUCUUUCAGCUGCGUCCAGGAUAUCGGCAGCGACGAGGACGAGGACGAGGACGAGGUGUUCUUGCCAAACAGCGCAUCCACACAUAACGACAAGAAACGACAAGGACGUCUCUGGUCCCUGAUGUCAUCGGUUAUGCGCUUGCCGAAGACUUUGCGAACGGAUCACAAUGCCAACGGUGGUGAUAAGGAGAAUAUCCCUUCCACUUCCACUUCCACUUCCACUUCCAACUCUAAUUCCAAUUCUAAUCCCGGCUCUCUGAUCAGACGCUGUGCCUCCAUUGCUGGUUCAUUGGUGCGCACAAUUCACUCUCAAGACGACGCUGACAUGCAGAGCUUGAAACGCAAACGAACUCAAACACUGGACAAUGCUAGUCGCACUCAAAUAUCGCCAUCCAAUUCCUCCAAACGUUUGCGCAUACAGCCAAGGAAACCAAUCGAACGCAUGCGCAAUACAUAGUUAAUUAGUUACUUAGCUUAAAACGUUCUGGCUUUAAAUUUGUAUCCUGCUUGUCUGCCUUUUAAUAAUAACAUUAAUUAAUUAUGUACGAUAAUACGGAAUGACAUCCCAAUAAAUAUUAAGCAAGCGACAUAAACAAUUCAAACCAACUUAAACGUUAUAUCA